GACAAGUUCGUCAGGGUGCUGAUAGUAUGCCAGUUACACUCAGGCAACUUGAAGCUCUAAUUCGGCUAACGCAAGCAAGAGCAAGAGUGGAUCUAUCGCCUGAAGCAAAAAUAGAACAUGCAAGAGAUGUUAUCGAGUUAACAAAAAUUUGUCAUUCAGAUUUAUUCUGCGAUGGUAUUGGAACUAUUGAUGUCAACAGAGGAAGAAUACCUUCGAGCAAAAUGAGCCAAAAUUCAAAGAUCAAGCGGUUUUUAUCUUUAAUUCAAAAGAGAUCAGAAGUGACAAUGAAGACAAUUUUCACUCUGAAUGAAUUGAAAGAGACGGCUAGCAAUGGUGGUCUGGUGCAUCACGGAUUUGGGUCAGAUUUUAGAGAAAUGAUAGACAAACUAAAUGAACAGGGUUGUCUUUUGAAGAAGGGACCGAAACUUUAUCAACUGCUGGUUGUUUGA